AUGGAUUCCGCGGAGUUUGCACCUUUCCAGGACAAAGUGACCGCCGCUUUGUUACAGGUGACUCGCAGUGUGGGUCAGCUCGCCUCGGAGGAUUUGAAUUUCCAUCGCUCCUCCAGCAGCGAUUUCACUGAGUUGCUUGACGAGGAGAGCGAAAGGAUUCUUUCGUUGACUUCUGCAGUGUUGAAAGCGGCCACAAAUGGAACGGAUCUUCAAGCGCCGAAGCUGAAAAACGAAGAGUCGAUCGAGGACAAUUGGCGCGGCGUGGUCGACGUGAUCGACUCGCUUCUAGAAAAGGCCGAUGCGUGCCUCGAUGAGUUUACGGGUGUGAUCAAGAAGUUGAGCCCGUCGCAAGAAGAACAUGCCCCCAUCGUGAAGAAGACAUCGAAUUUCCCGACUAUUUACGACUACGGCCCAUCAAAGAUUCCGAAGCCGCAGUUGCUCUUUGAUCAGAAGGUUGAUAAUUCAGACCUGGGUCCUUUCCGCCCUCUUCUCAACACCAAGCCACAUGCGACUGUGCCGCUGGAAAAAUCGUUACAGAAACAGCAGAUUGAUGGGAAAGAAGGCUACCCAAGCCCUUACGAUGCUGAGAUUCGCGCUGCCCAAUACCAGAAGCCGGUCUACGAAACCUCACCGCCGAUCGAUUAUUUGCCAUUCGAGCAAACGACUGCUAUAUUCGUCGAUACAUUGGAUGGAGUCAAGGAGAUGCUGAAAGAGCUGAAAGAAGCCAAGGAGAUUGCGAUUGAUUUGGAACACCACGAUGUCCAUUCCUACCAUGGUCUCGUUUCAUUGAUGCAAAUCAGCACACGGAAUAAAGACUGGAUUGUCGAUACCCUGAAGCCAUGGAGACAAGAGCUUCAAAUCUUAAACGAAGUCUUUGCGGAUCCGGGAAUUCUGAAGGUUCUGCAUGGUUCUACCAUGGAUAUAAUCUGGCUUCAGCGCGAUCUGGGCUUGUACAUGGUUGGCAUGUUUGAUACUUUCCACGCAGCAUCUGCAUUGGGAUAUCCGAAGCGGAGCUUGAAGUAUCUGCUACAAAAAUUUGUCAACUUUGAAGCCGAUAAGCGAUACCAGAUGGCCGAUUGGCGCGUUCGUCCACUUCCAUCCGGCAUGUUUGACUAUGCCCGCUCUGAUACCCAUUACCUUCUUUUCAUCUACGACAAUCUACGAAACGAGCUCAUUGAAGCAUCAACCCCAGACAACAGCUUGAUCGACUAUGUCAAUGAGCGAUCGCAAAACGAGGCACUCCAACGUUAUGAGCGCCCAGUAUAUGACGAGACUAAGGGAUACGGCCCGGGAGGGUGGUACGAUUUGUUGACUCGCAAUUCAGGCGUACUCAGCAAGGAGCAAUUUGCCGUUUUCAAGGCCGUGCACAAGUGGCGCGACGAGGUUGCACGAGCGGAAGACGAGGGCUUCCAGUGUGUUUUCCCGAAACACAUGCUCUUCCGGCUGGCUCAGACCAUGCCGCUUGAUAUGGGCACCCUGCUUCGCACCUUAUCACCUAUGACUCCAAUCACCAAGGAACGCAUCGGCGAUCUCCUGGAUGUCAUUAAAGAGGCCAAGAUUGCUGGUGCCACUGGUCCCGAAUGGCGUGAUAUUGCACCGCCGCCAAAAUAUGGUCCAAAGCCAGUUGCAGUGGAGGAUGCGGACUAUCCCGUCGCUGAACGCUAUGAGAAGUCUCAGUUCUGGGGUAAUACUCUGGAUACCCGCCAGCCUUCUACUCCUCUCGAGUAUUCUCUUGCCGCCUCUACCGAGGCCCUCCGACUCUCUCUUCCUUUGCCGCCGAUGCCAUCUACCGUUGCUGAAGCGCGACAGAAGUUUGUUGAUGUGAAGAUGGAGCCGGUUUCAUCUCCCAAGGCGGAACCCUCGCCUGCCACGACUCCCGAGGCACCAGAGGCACCAGAGGAAAAGAAGGUCUUUACUGUAAAGGAACUCGGCGGCCCUCGCAAGCGCAAAGUCACCCCUGUUGACAAGCCAGAGAAAGAUCUACUGACCCUUGACGGCAUGGACCACGACAGCAAUGAUGAAGAGUCCGAGGCGAAGCAACGCAAGAAGGCCCGGAAAGAGAAGAAGGCCCAAAAGGCAAGGGAAGCCGCUCAGGCCCAGGCCGACUCUACUCCGUUUGAUUACGGUGCCGCAGACUCGGUCUUACACGCACCCACUGCACAUGGCCCUGGGAUGCAGUCCAAGCAUAAGAGGGCUCACAACCCUUACGCAAAGGCGCUUGAAGCUCCAUCGGGUGUGCGCCAUGGCAAGCGCGAGAUCGCUGGCAAGUCCGUUACAUUCCGCAAGUAG